UUUAUUUCAAUUUUUCGUCGAGUGGUAUCGCUAGUAGUUUUCUUAAACUUUUGAAACAGUCAUCACAGAAAAAGUAAAGGAAGAAUCGCAGAAAUUUUACACUUAAAUUUUCCUUAUAAUUUCCUAAAUAUUACUCAGAAUGGCUCGAAUAGUUGCAAUGAAAGAUUCGUUAGAAAAAGCACUAAAAGAUGAAAGUAAGCCGUGGGCAAAAUUGUUUGCAACUGCAGAAGCAAAAACUGGCAUCGAUCGGCUAUAUAUUUUUUUAGGUUCCAUGGGACUUCUGGCACUAUAUCUUGUUGUAGGUAUAGGCCAACAGUUACUUUGUAACAUUAUUGGAUUCGUUUAUCCAGCGUAUUGUUCGAUGAAAGCACUAGAAUCGCCACGUAAAGAAGAUGAUACUAAAUGGUUAACCUAUUGGGUUGUAUUUGCAGUUUUCACUAUCAUUGAGUUUUUCUCUGAUUAUAUCGUGUGCUGGUUUCCUGUCUACUGGCUAUUCAAGUGUCUUCUGUACAUUUGGUUAAUGGCUCCUGUUGAAUACAAUGGAUCAACAGUCCUUUAUCAUCGUUUUAUAAGACCAAAAUUCAUUAAAUAUCAACCAGAACUUGAUAACUUAGUAUCGAAGGCUCGUGAAGCUGCUGUCAAAGCCACAUCCGAUGUUUUAUCAGAUUUCUCUAAAAAGGAUUGAUAAAAUCAUGCACGAAUAGUUAAUUUUUUUCUCUUUACAAUCGUCAAAUGAAAUUAUUUUUUAUUUGAUUAAAUAAUCAAAUUAAUUAAUUAACGUAUAAAUUUUUGAUCUAUUUUAUCUAUUAUAAAUUCUACUUGUUAUUACAAUAUGUUAUUUGUUUAUUGAAAUAAAUAUGCAAGUAUUGUGAUCAAUAAUUUCGUAAAACGAAAAUAAAAAUGC